GCCGGAAACAUGGCCACACAGCGAAGAAAUGCCGAGUGACAACAAUGCAGUUAUUUAGUUCAGUAAAUUCACUUUAUUGUCAGGUAUUCGUUGAUAAUUGAUAUCCGUCUUCACGGUAAUUAAUUAAUUUUACAUCCAUAUAAUAACGAGGCUUAUUUCAGGGCUGUUUUCACCAGUAGUAGCUUUAUUUGUGAGCGAGUGUCAUGAAUGUAACAUUUCAGAAUGAGCUGUUAACAAACUGCCACACUUAGUAAAACAUGCGUAAACAUAUGCCUACGUAUACUGAAUUAAAGGGUGUAUUGAUAGAAUAAUAACUCCUCUGUCACAUGUAGUUCGAUCCCUAUGUACGCUAAGGGAUCAACACAACUACGCGUUUAAGGACCCCGCUCUCGGUUAGAUAAUGAAGCUGCGGGUCCAGCUGCAGUGUAAGAACCUGCAUGAGUACCUGAGGGAGCUGAGCCCGGAGGUCCUGGACAGACUGUACGACCACCCGGCCACAUGCCUGGCUGUGUACAGGGAACUCCCCUCUUUGGCCAAGAACUAUGUGAUGCGCAUGCUGUUCCUGGAUCAGCCCCUCCCACAGGCAGCUCUGGCGUUAUGGGUGAAAAUAGACAGUCAGAAGGAUCACGAUGAGUGUGUGUCGGUGUUGGCAGGACUCCGCCUGUGGCACAGUCAGCAGCUGCAGGGGGGUCUGCAGGGAUAUAUUUUAAAUCCAGUGUUCAAAGACAACCUGAGGAUCGCUCUGCUGGGCGGGGGCAAAGCCUGGGCGGAUGAGGGCAGCUCUCUGGGUCCGGACCGCCACGCGCGGACAUCCUGAGUCCUGGACCGCUACGCCAUGGAGCGCUGGGAGGUCAUCCUGCAGUUCAUGGUGGGCUCCCCCGGGGCCGCCGUCAGCCAGGACCUCGCCCUGCUGCUCGUACAGGCCGGCCUCAUGAAGAGUGAGGCCGGCGAGGCGCCCUACAUCACCUCCGCUGGGUUCCAGUUCCUCCUGCUGGACACCGCCUCUCAGCUGUGGUACUUCACCCUCCAGUACCUGAACACUGCCCAGUCCCGAGGGAUGGAGCUGGUGGAGAUCCUGUCCUUCUUGUUCCAGCUCAGCUUCUCCACUCUGGGCAGAGAUUACUCGGUGGAGGGCAUGAGCGACUCGCUGCUCACCUUCCUGCAGCACCUGAGGGAGUUCGGACUGGUGUUCCAGAGGAAGAGGAAGUCGCGGCGGUACUACCCCACCAGACUGGCCAUCACUCUGGCUGCAGGGGUCACCUCCACCUCCUCCACCCUGGCCACGCCUGGGACCGGAGACGCAGGCUUCAUCGUCGUAGAAACCAAUUACCGUCUCUACGCAUACACAGACUCAGAGCUGCAGAUCGCUCUGGUGGCUCUCUUCAGCGAGAUGCUCUAUCGCUUCCCCAACGUCGUGGUUGCCCAGGUAACAAGGGAGUCAGUGCAGCAAGCCAUCGCCAACGGCAUCACAGCACAACAGAUUAUCCACUUCCUACGGACCAGAGCGCACCCUGUCAUGCUCAAACAGACCCCGGUGCUGCCCCCCACCAUCACAGAUCAGAUCAGACUGUGGGAGCUGGAGAGAGACCGCCUGACGUUCACAGAGGGAGUGCUCUACAACCAGUUCCUCUCGCAGGUGGACUUCGAGGUGCUGCGGGACAGAGCUCAGGGCCUGGGUUGCCUGGUGUGGCAGGACGUGGCUCACAGGGUGCUGGUGGUGAGUCCACAGGGACACAGCGAGGUGAAGAGGUUCUGGAAAAGACAGAAGUCCACCACGUAGCAGCAGGAAGUGAAACCGUGAUGAUGUCUGGAAUCGCAGUUGUUUAUUUCUGGCACUGUUGGAGGAAAGUGGAGAUUAUGUACUUAUUUUGUAUGUUUCAUAAAAUGUUGACUUCCAUGUAGUGUGGAUUAAAAUCCUCCGCUCAUUUCCUUAUUGAGAACUCAUUUGCAGAUAACCCAAGUUAAAAUACUACCUUAUAUCCUUUGCAAAAAUCAAUGUAUCAAUAUGAAUGAUAUAUUCUGCCCAUUUGAUUUAACGAGUAACAAGUGGAGUCUUUGACCUCUAUGGAACAUAUUUAGUCAUUUGUAUUUUGCUUUUUCUUCAAUUAUACAGUUAUAUAAAAUAUGAUUUUCUUUACAAUAUUUUUAAGCAUUCUGGUUUUAUAAUAAUGAAACACUACACUAGCACUUUGACACAUGGCAUCCCAAAGACAGCAGAAGUAGAGUUUCAGACAAAUAAUUGAAUUUGACCUUUACUCAGGAGCACGUUUCAGAAGAAAAUCAGGAAUUUGAUAUUUCAGUUGUGAUUUAUUUUAUUUUAAGCUGUCACACAUGUAGUUAUGAGUUAACAGGUACACAUAAAUAGAUACUGCCACACUGAAAUGUUAAUAAUAAAAAUAUUGGGACCGCC